AUGAAGCACCUUGCGGCCUACCUCCUCCUCGGACUCGGUGGUAACACCUCUCCCUCCGCUGCCGACGUCAAGGCUGUCCUUGAGUCCGUCGGUAUUGAGGCCGAUGAGUCCCGUCUCGACCAGCUCAUCUCCGAGCUCGAGGGCAAGGACAUCAACGAGCUGAUCGCUUCCGGCUCUGAGAAGCUUGCUUCCGUUCCCUCCGGCGGUGCUGGUGGUGCUGCCCCCGCUGCUGGUGGUGCCGCUGCCGCUGGUGGUGCUGCUGACGCGCCUGCUGAGGAGGCCAAGGAGGAGGAGAAGGAGGAGUCCGAUGACGACAUGGGCUUCGGUCUCUUCGACUAA